UGAGCGGGCUAUUACCACCCCCAGCGUAGACAGUAUGAAAUAGUCUAAGCUUUUGGCGGUGAUGGGAUAAACAGCUAACAAGGCAGAAGAUUACAGACCAUUGUAUUGUUGUCUCCGCUUUCGUACUCCUCAGGCACAUUUAGAAGAAAGGACAUAGACAAAAUGAAGAUUUCCCACCCAUUAAGAAAGCCCCUUCCUCUUAAUGCCUCAGUGUAAAGUGGAUUAUGUAAACCGGAUGACAAACUAGUACAAAAGGACCCCAUGGUGUAAACGAUAGUGAUUGAUUUGUAGACAUCAGUUUUGUGCUCUCUGACUUUGGAAGUUUCCCUGGUGGCACAGAGGAACAUAGAGACCGCGCCAGACCAACGCGAGCAGACCAAGCCCCUAUAGAGGCGGCACCAGACCAAGCCCUACUCCGCGGCCCUAUAGAGGGCCAUGCCCAACCUGCUCAACGCUGAUGCAUCCUUCAGCUCCAAACAGGAGCUUCUGGACCUCCACGAUGGCCCCAUUGGCCCGGUUCUGGACACGCCGAGCCCGGUGGAGUCACAGGCGGACAGCCCCUCGGCCUCCAGCCUCGGCAGCCCGGUGGGAGACGACCUCCAGAUGUGCGCCGGGGACGGGUUGGCGGACGCGGCGCAGGGGUUGAAGUUCGUCCCCUCGGACGCGGAGAACCUGUGCGGCUGGGGAGGACUGACCCCGCGGUCCAUCCAGACGUUCAACACGCCACGCUGGGUGCUCUUCUUCCUGUGCGUGGCCUCCUUCCUGCAGGGCAUGAUCAUCAACGGCUUCAUCAACACCGUCAUCACCUCCAUCGAGCGCCGCUUUGACCUGCGCAGCUAUCAGGCGGGUCUCAUCGCCAGCUCCUAUGACAUUGCUGCCUGCGUGUGCCUUGCCUUCGUCAGCUACUUUGGGGGCACGGGGCACAAGCCGCGCUGGCUGGGUUGGGGCGUGCUAGUCAUGGCGCUGGGCUCGCUGGUGUUCGCGCUGCCCCACUUCACCACGCCGCCGUACCAGGUCAGCGUGCCCGAGCGGACGGGCCUCUGCUCCAGCAACGUGACGGACACUUGCCAAGACAGCGCGGGCAGCGGCCUCUCGGCGUACCGCUACGUCUUCAUGCUCGGCCAGUUCCUGCACGGCGUGGGCGCCACCCCGCUCUACACUCUGGGAGUCACCUACCUGGACGAGAACGUCAAGUCCAGCUACGCACCAGUCUACAUAGGGAUCUUUUACACGGCAGCCAUUGUUGGACCGGCAGCUGGUUACCUGCUGGGAGGAUUCUUCCUCAACAUCUACACAGAGACGGAUCAAACAACCGAGCUGACCCCUGAGAACCCUCUGUGGGUGGGGGCGUGGUGGGUCGGGUUCCUGGCUGGGGGGGCAGCGGCGCUGGUCAUUGCCCUACCGAUCCUCGGCUACCCUCGACAACUCCCAGGCUCCCAGCGUUAUGUGGCCAUGCGUGUGUCCGAAGCACACCAGCUGAAAGAUGGCAGCCAAGCCAGAGCUGCUGACCCUCAGUUUGGGAAGACAGUGAAGGACAUGCCCAGGUCUGUUCUUCUCCUUCUGAAGAACUCCACCUUCAUCUUCCUGUGUCUAGCGGGGGCUACCGAGGCCACUCUCAUAGCCGGCAUGUCCACCUUUGGACCCAAGUUCCUGGAGUCCCAGUUCAACUUGAGUGCGUCGGAGGCAGCCACCUGGUUUGGGUACAUGGUGGUACCAGCAGGGGGCGGCGGCACGUUUCUGGGCGGCUACAUCGUGAAGAAGCUGAACCUGCGCUGCCGGGGCAUUGUGCGCUUCUGCAUGCUGUGUGCGGUCAUCAGCCUCAUGGCCAUCUUCAUCUUCCUCGUCCACUGCCCCAACAUGCCCAUGGCAGGCGUGACUGCCCCCUACCGCCCCAGCCCGCUACUACACCAACACCAGGACGUGUACCUGGACCAGUAUGAGAGCGAGAGCAAUUACAACAGUACUCUGGAGGGAAAUCUGACGGUGAGCUGUAACGCCGGGUGCCACUGUGUGACGGAGCUCUACAACCCUGUGUGUGGAGCAGACGGAGUCAUGUAUUACUCUCCCUGCCACGCCGGCUGCCACUCCAUCAACCACACACACACACACAACGGCAGACAGGUGUUCUCGGGGUGUGGCUGUGUGGUGGGGAACGUGACGUGGGGUCAGGAGGGGUUGGCGGUAGCCGGGAAAUGCUCCUCCUCCUGCCACCACAUGCCAACCUUCCUCACCUUCCUCUUCAUCGUCAUCCUCUUCACCUUCCUCUGCAGCAUCCCCGCCCUGACCGCCACCCUCAGGUGCGUCCCAGACAGCCAGCGGUCGUUUGGCCUCGGGAUCCAGUGGAUCGUGGUACGGACUCUGGGUGGCAUCCCGGGUCCGAUUGCAUUUGGCUCUGUGAUCGACAUCUCGUGCCUGCUGUGGCAGGACCAGUGCGGGGAACAGGGUUCCUGCUACCUGUACCAGAACUCGGCCAUGAGCCGCUACACGCUCAUCGCUGGGAUCAUAUACAAGGUGUUGGGGAUGCUGUUCUUCCUGCUGGCGAGCGUCCUGUACCAGCCCCCGCCGGAGUCUCCACAGAGCAGCUGUGAGAGCACUGACCACGACCUGGGGGACCUGCCCACUAAGGACCUGCCCACUAAGGACCUGCCGCAGGAGGUCAUCACCAACGUCCACGCCAGGCUAUGAUGAUGUCAUACUCACAACCGAGACCUCACUGUGUGUGUGUGUGUGUGUGUGUGUGUGUGUGUGUGUGUGUUUAUGUCAACAGCCCUCACCAAACCAAAACACUGCACCCUUUCCGUGUGAAGCACACAUUGGGUGGUCAGUCCAGUCCACUGCAUAUGAGGUCCUCUUGUGACACGUCUGUACGCACACUCCCUCAUUCCGCUGCUGCUGUCCUCCACCCAAGCUAGCUGUUAAAUAUCAACCCUACACUUUCCUCCAGCCUGCAGUAUCGUCCCAAUCAAGUGUGUGCCGUGUGUGUGUGUGUGUGUGUGUGUGUGUGUGUGUGUGUGUGUGUGUGUGUGUGUGUGUAAGGGUUCACACAAGGACAAGAGACAUGUUCAAGAUGAGAAAGGAAGACUGUUGUUAAGUGAAGGUUCUCACUUGUUGCCAUAUUUGAGAUCGUUUUGGAUUCCCAGACACCGCCUACAUGAUCCCAUUCAGAAUCGUUUGCUGAAAAAGAUUUCAGAAGUAUCCAUCAUGAUGCAGUGUGUAUUAGUUUCCCUGUUCACAUAGUUAUUCAGCUCUUUCCUAAAACGGGAUUAGCCUACAUCAGAUAUAGCAGAUGCUCUAUAACAAAAGACUGCAUAUUUUACUUCAUAUUCUAUUCCAACCCAAACAUAGACGUCUAUUUAUCAGUUAUGAUACUAAACAUACUGCUUUAUCAUCUACUCUCAGUAUAGUCUUUCAUAUAUGAACCACCAUAAUAACGACAUGAGAUCAUAUUUAUUGCCAUAUUCGAGAAACACUUAAAUGCAUUUACAAGAAAAUGUUUUGUAUAUUUUAUCUGAAGCACAUAACUAUAUAUCAGAGAGAAGUGUUGCCCCUAGAGAGAGAGGGAGAGAGAGACAGAGAGGGAGAGAGAGAGGGAGAGAAAGAGAGUGAGAAAAGGAGCAAGAGGGAGAGAGAGAGGGAGAGAGAGAGAAAAAGAGAGGCACCUGGAGGGUCAGUAAAUGGAGACCUGCGCGCAGGUGAUGCGGCUCCUCCAGCAGGGCAGAAGGAGAGGAGGUGUCUUGUCCACGCGCUCCGCAUUCCUGCUUCUGCCCACGUCCGUCCUGCCCAUCGUACUGCCCCUGCCCAUUGAAGCAGUGCCCAUCGUACUGCCCCCGCCCUGCCCCUGCCCAUUGAAGCAGUGCCCAUCGUACUGUCCUGCCCUGCCCCUGCCCAUUGAAGCAGUGCCCAUCAUACUGUCCUGCCCUGCCCCUGCCCAUUGAAGCAGUGCACUUUAAAACAGCCACCAAGGACCUUGCAAUCCCUCAGCAGCAAUGCUGUGGCCAGAGGGGCCCAUGAGAAGGACGCCUGCCCCCCAUACUGGACCUGACAUCGCCAUAGACAUCACCAUAGCUCAUGGCUAUCAGGACGUGCAACAACACGCAAGAGCAUACCAGGGAGCUGUUUUUAUGUGUCCUUUUUUAUCUUAUUUUUUUUUUUACUUUUUAUGGACCAAUUGUGCCAAAGCACUGUAAGUCAUUAACAAGAGGAUUGGGUUGUAUUUCCUCUUGUCAAACAAAGUUGUGUUUUGUAUGUGUGAUUUGUUUUCUGUUUUGUAGAAGUGCGAUGCAACCCUGUCACCCUGUGUGUAAUGAACUGGCACGAAUGGAAGUUGUUCUUAAUGUUGUGAUGAAGCUCCUUCAGAGCUACCUAAUUAAUAACGCCCAUCCGUGUGUGGAUGUACAGUACCUAUUUUAAACCCUAGUCAUUGAAAGAGUGAAAUACACAGUUGAAGCUAAUGCCGGAUCAGAUUAUUUCCUGUUUUAACAUGUGUUACUUGAACUAUUGAACGUAACUAAAUCCGCAAUCAAAAAAUGUAUGUCUGCCAUUGUCCAGAUAAUAAUUUAUUUAUUUUUACUUUAUUUAUUGAUGAAUAUCAGUGGUUGUUUUUAGUUCUCUCACAGUUCUGUAAGAGAACUAAAAACAGUUCAAUCUCUGUAAAAAAUAUUUAUGUCUGUCCUCUAGAGAGUCAAGAUCCUUAAACAGGAUUAAAAGAUGUCUGCAAACUCUCCAUCCCAAUCAAUUUAUGCAAUGUAAUUGGCACAAGACAUACAGUAAUGACGGUGUUCAACUGAGAAGACAUGUCUGUCCAAAUUGUUGUGAAGACUGUGUUUGUCUGAUUCGUUUAUUUUGAAUCAUCCCAUAUGAAUGAAGCCAUUUGAUUUGAGCGCCUACUGUCCCCCCUGUCCAGCUAGUGUGACUGAGUUAUGAGUGUUGUGGAGAUUUGUGUUUCAUGUCAUUUGUUUUGAAGUUGCACUAUUGCGUAACUGCAUUUCCAACCAAUUUCACUGGGGUCUUUUGGGGGUUUUGUUUCGGUACUUUUUUAAGUAAACCUGAUUUGGAAUUUGA